AUGUCCACGGAUCGGAGUCGGACGCUGUGUCGUUACUUCGCCAGUGGUUGCUGUAAUCAAGGUGAACGUUGCGCGUUCUCGCACGAUAGGAACACUCCUGCGGAUCGCGUUUGUCGUUAUUAUCUGAGGGGCAGCUGUUCUUAUGGCACGGCUUGUAGAUAUGACCAUAUCCGUCCGAAAGGAAAUGUUGGGUGUAAUUCCUCUGAUAAAGUUCACGGCGGAAAGAAGUCAUCUUCAUUACCGCCGAAACCGUGCAAACUUUCUAAACCUGGACUUAAUGUUGCUGCUGAAGAAUUCGUCCCGUCUUGGAAACGUCCAUCAUAUGCUGUGGCAGCAGGAUCAAGUGAAAGUGAAAAGGUCCUGCCAUUAUGCCCCUAUUUUGAGAUGGGCGAGUGCAAAAACGAGGAAUGUCAAUUCGUUCACGGUCUCACAUGUGACAUGUGCUCACGCGCUUGUGUCCACCCAUAUGACGAGAAACAACAAAAGCAACACUUUAUGGAGUGUUUGAAAGCACAUGAAAUUGCAAUGGAACAAGCAUUUGCUGAAGCGAAAGGCGCUGGAAAAUCCUGCGGUAUUUGUAUGGAGAACAUCGUGGAAAAAAGUUUACGGUUUGGGAUCUUGGAAGGAUGCCGGCACUGUUUUUGCUUGGACUGCAUUCAAUUUUAUUCACAAGUUUUCAAACGUUUUCGUUAUAGGUCGUGUCCUGAAUGUCGGAAACAUAGUAACUUUGUCAUCCCGUCCACUUUAUGGGUGGAAGAGGAAGAAGAGAAGCGUAUACUGUGUGAAGUCUACCGCAGUAAUAUGGCUCAAAAGCAGUGUAAAUAUUACAAGGAAGGAUCUUCUGCGGAGGGCCGUUGUCCAUUUGGAAAUAAAUGUUUUUACAAGCAUCAGCUUCCUGACGGCUCCAUUGAUCCAGGAGAGGAACCACAUGCGCGAAGGAAACCGCAUCUCGCCGAAUUCAUUUUCGAUACGUUAGUAAAAUGCUUAUAUUCGCUUAACUUUUUAGUAACUCAAGUCAUACUUUUUUUGUUAUGA